AUGAGUGGCAGCGGACGCCCGUUCCGUACGCCACGAGGUCAUGCUCCAGCAUGGACGGCAUCCGAUCAUAUGCACUGGCAUCAAGCUGAUGCUUUUGACAAGAAUUCAUACCGUGAUCUGGCUGCAUCUUGCACAGCUGUGGUGCACACGAUCGGCAUUUUGCUUGAGUCGUCAUAUAAGGGUAAAGGCGGCUCAGCAUUGGGUGCUUUGCAAGGCCUGUUUAAGGGAUGGGGUCUGCAGUCGGGCUCGAAUCCUCUUGCUUCUGAGUCCAAAGAAAACGCUGUUACUUACGAACGGAUGAACCGUGAUGCAGCUCUCACGGUCGCCGAGGCAGUGAUAGAAGCACAACACCGUCGUGCUCACGAUGGGGCGAGGACACCUAUUCCGUUCGUCUUUUUAUCAGCCGCGGACAUCAUGCGCCCUAUCAUCUCCUCGCGCUACACCAGCACCAAGUAUGAGGCUGAGCAGCGCUUGAGUGACAUGGCAGAAGACAUCCUUCGUCCUGUGUUUAUGCGCCCCGGUCUGAUGUAUCAUCCUCACAACCGUCCAUGGUCUACUGUACCUGCAACUAUGAUUGAUGCGUCUAAUCAUCUGCACAGAUUGCACCGUCGCUCGGGUAUCCCGAUUCCGUCACCGGCGGAUAUGCUGCGCAGCUCCUACAUGCCAGAGUCACUGAGACCACUUUCUGGUGCCCUUACUACACCUGCGCUUCAUGUGGAUACCGUGGCGAAGGCCAUUUGUGAAUCUAUUGACCGCCCAGAUGUUUAUGGCGCCCAGUUUGCCGAAUCAAUCCGCCAACUCGCUGGAUGGCCCGCGGCGACCGAGGUACCGUAA